AUGACAAAGCCAAAAGUGUUAUUCGUUGGUGAUCUUGACGAGACUCUCGAGGAGUAUCUUCGAUUCAAAGAGCACUUUGAAUGUAUUCAUUACAAGUUGACGACAAGAGAGGAACUCAUCGAUAAAUUCCAUUCAGAGUUUAACGACAUCGUUGCCAUAUACGGAGCAUGGCUUGGAUUUCAUCUUCUUGGCGGUAUGAAAGGUGAAUUGAUUGACCAUCUUCCAGACACAUUGCGAGUCAUUGCGAUAUGUUCUGUUGGACAUGAACAGUACGACCAUGAGAAAUUGGCAGCCAGAGGGAUUCAGCUAUACAACACACCAUCACUUGGAGCCGAAGAUGUUGGUGAUACCGUCCUGUGGCAUAUCUUGGAGUCUUUCAGGUUCUUCAAGAGGUUUGAAACCAGGGCACACUCCACUGGCCAUGUCAUAGAGGCAAGAAGACAACUACAAACCAAAGGGUAUGAUCAUUUGCAAGGCAAAUUAGGCGUCGAGACAGACCAGUGGUUGAAAAACGCGUUCCCGUUCGGUGAAUACGCUGGAGGACAGCUGGCACGUUCCCCGUUCAACAAGACGUGUGGUAUCAUAGGGCUGGGGCGUAUUGGUCAGUGUAUUGCGAAAAGGGUCCAAGCCCUGGGUAUGAGAGUCGUCUAUACCCAGAGGAACGAGAACAAGGACAGUUCGUAUACAUAUGAGCCGGAGCUAGAAGAGCUGUGCAAGCAGAGCGAUGUCUUGGUCAUCAGCUGCCCAGGCAAUGAUUCAACCAGGAACCUUGUUAGCCGAGACAAGAUCGAUCUGCUACCCCCUGGCUGUAAGGUGAUCAACGUUGGACGUGGGUUCGUCAUUGACGAGUCGUACGCGAUAGAACGGUUACAACAGGGCAAGAUCGCCUGGAUAGGCCUGGAUGUCUAUACACACGAACCAGCGAUUGAUCCAAGGCUCCUGAACAGAUGCGACGUGAGCCUUACGCCGCACAUGGCAUCGAGCACCAAGGAGAACUUCGAUGCAACCGCACGCUAUGCGCUUGCAAACAUUUGGAGUGUUGUCGUUGAUGCAGUUGAAGGCAGAUCCAAGGUGGUUUGA